GGAAUGGAAUAAUGGAUCAGUGGAGCAAAGCGAGCAGCGACUGUCGAUAUUUUUCAUGAAAACAUAUAAUUCGUACAGUGAAGACAUGAUAGAGAAUUAUAUCCGGACGAAUGUGUACAGAAAUGAAUUUACAAACGCUAUUUCAGGAUUUUAAUCCUAGCAAAUUCGUGGUGCACAGUUGCUUACUAGUUUUUACGGCGUUGUUAGCUUUAAAACUUGACGGCGCUAUAACAUGGUCGUAUUGGGCCGUAUUUACCCCGAUAUGGGUUUGGAAAUUCCUCGUAGUGCUUGGUGCAACAGUUGGCACUUACGUUUGGUGGCAGUACCCUCACUUCAGGUUAGAAGGAGAGGCGUACAUUCACUACAAAGCUAUGCUGAUCAGUCUUGCCAUCCACCUGAUCCUGCUCAUGUUUGAACUGCUCGUCUGCGAUCAGCUCUCGGUGAAACGCCAUGUGUGGAUACUAGUCUUCAUACCCUUAAUUUUUAUAAGCAUAGUAUCCAUUGCCAUUUGUAUAUGGUCUGUACGACAUGAUCGGAGUUAUGAGUUGGAGUUGUUUUGCGCCGUGAAUAUCCUGCAGUUUAUCUUCCUGGCGCUGAAAUUGGAUGAGUUCAUCAACUGGUCCUGGGAAGUUGUGUUUGUGCCGCUCUGGAUUCUGAUGUGCCUGAGCCUUGUUGGGGUUCUGUACAGCAUCAUUUUCGCGGGCAUGCUGCUGCGCACGGCGGAGGCCAACGUGCAGCAACGUCGCAGCAGCUUCCACGCCGCGCUUGCGUACACCUUCACUGUUAUACCCAUCCUGGUGUUCCUGGUGCUGCUGACUAACAAAUUGGACGACGGUAUGCAGUUGUCGUACACGGUAGUCGCUAGCCCGCUCUUCGUGGGUUUUGCAACGCUCAUCGUCAUGUCAUUCAGCUCGAAGGGUGGUAACAAAUGGUGGUUCGGCAUCAGGAAAGACUUCUGCCAGUUCCUUCUAUCAGUGUUCCCGCUCCUGCAAGAAUACGCCAACAUCGCCUACAACAACAACGUCAACCGGGGCUCCAAUAUAGUCCCCACCGAGCCCCCGGUCACACAGGAACCUUACCGGGACGAAGACACAAAGAAAGUCAAAGAGAAUAAAAAUCAUAAGAAUCAAAAGAAGAAUGAAGCGAUGAAACCUGUAGUGCCUGUGACUAGUAUAGAUAUGCCUGAUUGACGCUUUAAAGUUAGUGAAGUGGUAAUUUGUUGUGUCCCGAUUUGGGCUUCGGUGUAGCUGUUCAGUUUUCAUGGUGCGGAGAAGUAAUGUAAGUCUUCUUUUUAAAUAUAUUUUUCAUUUCUAGAAAUGGCACAAAGACGAAUCAAUUGCGAAUUCUUUUGGCGUAAUCUUUUUAAGAAUUGACUGAAAAUGUAUGUUUAGGCAAUUUUAACUAGUCGGGGCAUUCAAAAAGUAAUUAAAUAGAAUCUAUGUUGUCCUGUUUGUGAGGGACUAUAUAAAAAUUAUAAAAAAUCUUAAUAAGAAAACUGAAAGACACUUCAUCUUAAGUGUUGAUAAGCGAUUUAUAACGUAUUGUUAAGUUUGAUGUUAAUUUAACUUUAAACUUUGUUGUAGGAAACAGUUUAACAAAAUGUUAUUUUUUCUGUAAAACCUUUCAUCUUAAAAUAUCUGGAUUUGAGGGUCAAUCUCUAGUUUUUUUGCUGUUUAGUCCACAGAUAUCAAUAUAAAGUGAUAUUUCUAUAUUAAUAUCGUAUAUUUCACAUAUAAGCUUACAGUAAAUAACAACCCAUGGGCUUACAAGUUUGUGGCCUAUAUGUGUCUCUUUUUCCUGCACAUUAUUUUCUAAAAACUAGCCAUCUGUAUUCACAGACACUGUUAAAAUACUUCAGUGAGUGAGUGAGUGCACCAGAGAUCUUAGAGCAGAGAGGUAGUCUAGAAAAUUGUGUGUUACGUAGUCGUCGCGCACACAUAUCUAAAAUAAACGAUAAUAACACUCCGGAAACCAUGUGCGUUCUCUUGUCAUUUAAAAAAAAGAAGCACUCUUGAUUCACUUGAUUGUAAAAUAUAACUUGGUAAAAACAUUGUUGUAGAAAUAGUUUUAGAUGGGAGUAGGAAUGUGACUAAUUCAAUGUUAACAGAUAAGUUUAGUUGAAAUGUUGUUGUAGUUAUUUAUUGGGGCUAUGGACAAUGUAUAAUUCGUUUCGUCAUGACAGUAUCUCAGCUUAAACACUAAUAUAAGUUUUAGAACAUAUUUUAUAAUUGAUGCGAUUUCAGGAUAUUGUAUAAUAAAAACUAAUAUUGGUAGUUCUAACUGCUGUUCACCAUUAGGUAAGGGGUUACAAACACAAACAUACAUAUAUUCUUUUAUACAGCUAUAAUUAAUUACUAAUACAAUACACUACUGACAUAAACUGAAAAUAAGCAUAGGUAUUGUUAUUUUUAACCUUUUGACUGCCACAGACGGCUGUGGCUAUCGGAAAGUCUUGCCAACGACGCCCACAGCCGUCAGCUUCGCCAAUACAAUAGGGACUUACGCGGGACUCCGUAAAGUUCAAUUUCGCUUAAAUAAUCGCGUCCGCCUGGCGUCCGGGGCACAUCAUAUUCCUUCGCCGUCUAGCGUUCAAAAGGUUAAUGAAAAUUCGCGCUUAGACGAUUAGCAAUAACAUUAAUAAAGUAAUUGGUGCAUAUAGGUUUUAUGUCUAUGAGCCCACCAUAGUUUGGUAAAACAUAUAAUUUUCAAUCACUUAAUUAAUCUGUGCCUCAAUAUUGUUGUGACUAUAUACUUUUACCUCUGUUAUAGAAUUACUAGUUCUUAUUUUAAAUAACUAAAGCUAGCUGCCUAAUGUGAAUUGCUAAUUUAUACGUUUAAAUGUAACAUAGUUUUCUUUGUUAUGCGAAACUAUGUCCUGCAGCUUUUGUCAUGAUAUGUGUUUAAAUAUUAAUACUUUCAAUGGUACUGGUAAUAAUUCGGUAUAAAAAAUAUUUAACUUCUUAAUGUUAUUUUACAAUGUUAGUUAACCUAUUUCUCUGUCACCUAAAAGUGCUAAAACUCAAUAUUUCUUAUAUAGUUAAAUGCUCUUCCUUUUACAAUUACAACUAAACAGUCUUCAACUGCAUCAAUUUAGAAAGAUGCCUACAAAGGUCUACAGAUCCAUUAAUUUUGGUGAGAGCUUAACCCUUUUCCAGGCAUAGUACAAUUUAUCGAAAACAUACACGCCACUAGAAUUUCAACUUUAGCAUUCCGAUUUAAGAUUCAAAUUAGAUUGCACUUUCGGGAAAUUUCACUUGUCUUGAAAUGAAUCAUCAAAGCUGGAUUAAUCGGAAUAUAUUUGGAUUUUUCGGUAAAACCUUGUAGAUUGGUGCGGCCUGGAAAAAGGUUAAAUUAUGUAGUCCUUUUAAAAGUUAUACAGAAGUAAUACUCUAACAUUGCCUUGACGCUAAUCCAACUGGUUACGAAUACAACUGACUAAACGUAACAUAUUUUUGACCUGUCUAAUGAGAAAUAUCAACUUUUAUAAUCAAAAUGCAGUCAAAGAAAGCAUAGGUGUCUUAAGUUUUGGCUCUCAGUGAUAUAUCAAAUAUUGCGAUGUCACUAAUAAUAAAAAUAAAAUCUUGAACCUUGCCUCUACCCCUAUGUCGUGACAAGAGGCCAUUCGUGACACCGACGCGCUUUAAAUGACACCAUAAAAAUGUCUUGUCUGAUUUAUGCUUUAGCUGCAUGACCCCUUUCUCUCGGUACCUUUGUUGAUUGAUUACAGAACGCACCAAUUUUAUUCCCUAAAAAGGGGAAACUGAUAGUGAGUCUUUAACUUACACAUAUCGUAAAUCUUAAUGUUAUAUUCUAUUAAUUAGCGAAAUACUUAGUUUUGAAUUAGUAAACUUUUAAACAACUUGGGUUGGGUUACGACGAAACAAUUAGGUAUUUGUUUCGGAAAUUAUCGGAUGAAGGGUAUGCCUAAUAGUAGUUUUAGGAGAGCAGUCUUCGAACAAAAUGUUCUAAGCAUACAAUACCUAUAUUUUUAUUGGCACCUAAAGCAUUGGUCGUUGGCAGCUAGUUUAUGCAGAAAUUGCUUCAUUAUUUGAAAUAAGUUAGAAUUAACGAGUGGUAUUAAAUUUGCAAAUUUUAGUCAAGGGCACAUACAAAUAAUUGCAGUAGGUCAAAAAUCCAUUUAUAAAAAAAGGUGCUAAAUAUCCAACUGCUUUUGAGCCCAACCUUAAUAAUUAUAACCUACACUAUAUACCUGCCGUUAAAGUUAAAUAUCGAUGUUCAAAUGACAAUAUUAGUUAUUAUUUUUACAAAAUAAUGUACGUUUAAUUACAUAUUAUUUUUCUGUGAUAUACUUCUUCCUUCUAAACUAUAUUCGUUCAAGAUUUUAAGAUUAUUUUGUUACUGUCAUACAAUCAGCUUCUAUUUUAUGUUCAUAAGGGUUAUAAAUAAAAUUGUACAUGAAA